ACUUAAGUCAGCUGGAAAAAAAAAAAAAAAAGAAAUUGUCCAAAAAGCGCAGACGAUAGUCUUUUUUUUUUCUCCUACUUGAUGCCCUUAAAAAGCUCUGUUUUUACUCUCUCUCUCUGGCUCAAUCAGAGUUUGUUAAUGGAGGCUUUGGCAUUUUAUUAGCUCGCUUUCAAGUCUACAUUUUCGAGUUUCGUAUUUUGCUUUUUGAACCGAAUCGUUAUUUGAGUCGGAGAAAGAAAGAAGAAAUUUGAAGAUGCUGGAGGGAAUUCUAGGUCGAGGUUUUGCCUCCAAAUGUAAAUCACUGAUUAAAAUGACAAAGAGUCGGAUCGACGUCAUACGGAGAAAGAGGAAUGCUACUUUGAAGUUUUUGAAGAAAGACAUGGCUGAUCUGCUCGCUAAUGGUCUGGAUAUUAACGCUUAUGGCAGGACUGAAGGACUUCUAGCUGAACUGACGCUAUCUUCUUGCUACGACUUUGUUGAGAAGUCAUGCGAUUUUGUGUUGAAGCAUCUUUCAGUCAUGCAAAAGAUGAGGCACUGUCCUGAGGACUGUAGGGAGGCUGUGGCAUCCCUGAUGUUUGCAGCUGCAAGAUUUUCUGAUUUGCCAGAGUUGCGAGAUCUCAGGGAGACAUUUUAUGAGAGAUAUAUGAACUCCCUGGAACUGUUUGUGAAUCAAGAGUUCAUUGAGAAAUUAUCUUCAAAGCCGUCUACAACAGAGAAGAAAGUUCAGCUAAUGCGUGAUAUAGCAUCAGAAUUCUGUAUAAAGUGGGACUCUAGGGCUUGUGAACAAAGGGUGUCUACACCCUCUGCAUCUGCACAGGAGCAACCUAAAACUUAUGGCUCUCCACACAUAAAUGAUGAUAAGUACAAGUCAAUGAAUGGCAAGGCCACUGAACAAAGAGUUAAAUAUGAUGUUUCACCCGAAGGAAGGGUUGAGCAUUAUAAUAAUGAUUACAUAUUUCAGAGUGAAAAGAAGGGUAAUGUCUCAAACAGGAAUGACCUCAAUCCUCAAUCCAGAUAUGAAGUCCCUGUCAAUGGAUACAAGCUGGUCAAUGUCAGGGAAGAACCUAUGCUGAAAAGGGACACCCAUGAUUGUUCGUUCCAAGGAAGGCAAGAAGUUGCUAUGGAGAAGUAUGAACCAUGGAAAGAGGAUACUCCCCUGAAAACAGUUAGAUUAGGCAGUUCAUCUCAGAGGAAAAAAAUGGAAAAUUUUGAUGCUAGAUCCAAACUGCAUGAUGGUAGAGAGAAUGCUGUACCUAAAAGAGACAACGAGGACAUUUUAACUCAAGGAAAGCCAGAUAUUCUUCCAAGUUAUGCAGGUUCAUGGUCAAACGGCGAUGGUAGAGGCAGAGUGGCUGAUAGUGUUGGCCAAUGCAAUGCUGCAAAUUCAGCGGAAGAUGCUCAGGAUGAAGCACAUAAGUUGAAGCCUUGCUCUAAUAAUGUUAUUCCUCCUCCUUACACUAAACCUAAUGCUAAAUUGAAGGAUGGAAAACCUGGAGGCAGUUUAGGAUCUUCCGCUGCUGGUUCUGAUGGCAAUAUCGUCCCCAAGGAACCUUCAAGGGACAAGAGAGCCAAUGCUGCCGACAGGUCAGAGAAAAUCCUACAAGAAUCAUAUUAUCCUGACCAUGAGAGGGAGGGUUUUGGAUCAACUAGCGCAAAUAGAAAUGGGCACAAGAAUGAUAGUAAGCAUCAAGAUGAUGGUAUUAGUAACACGAUUCCAAAACCAAGAUCCUCAAGAAGGCGGCACUCAAAAGCACACAUUAGCCAUGAUGAUGUUGGCAAUUUAGAAGAUGCAGGAGUUGUGAAGAGGAGAUCAAGGAGCAGGAGAAGAGAUGACUCAAGACGGGGACUGCAAGUCUUGUUUGAUGAUGAGCACUAUAGGAAUGAUGAAGAGGAAAGAAUAAUAGACAAAUUGUUGAUACAUUACAGCCAGAAACCCUCAACCUAUGAACCUGGAAAGGUCAGAAGAAAGUCAAGAAGUCGUCAUUCACAUCGCCAAGACUUUGAGGAUAAAUCCCCACAGCAUAUCAGUGCUGGUGAAAUUGCAGAAGUGGUUCCACCAACCCGAUCAAUUUCCCUCCGCGAACAAACAGCUCCUUCAGAGGCAAAAGUGUUUGCUCGUGCUGCUUCUUUUCAGCCAGAUAGGUCAAGCCCAGCCAAGCAUGUGCAUCCCAAGUUGCCUGAUUAUGAUGAUUUGGCUGCUCGAUUUGCCGCCCUGAGGGGGAGGUGAAUUAUUUAGCAGUCAGAAUCAGCAUCUUUGAUUGAAUCCAGUGGAUCUUCUUACAUUUGUUUCCCUAAUUGGCUCCCAUACUGUGUUUGGGUGAAGAAAUAUGGGUCAUGCUCCUAUCACCAAUGGCUGAAAUACUUACAGUAGAAUGUAAUUGGAACAUGGCCUGCGUGUUAGAUAGUCGUUGGUAUUACACAUUUAUACAAUCAAUGGACCCUGGCAUUUAUGGUUCGUACUUCUAAUAUCAAUUCAAUUUCCAGACCUCUAGGCUGUAAAAAUUGUAACGUGCAUGUAACUUCGAAGGAUAAAAACACUGCAUCUCUAUUAAUUAAUAUAUGAUUACAAAUUUAGAUGAAGAUUACCCGUA